GGGGAAUCAUCCGGUCCUACAUUGAUCUUCUCCAAUAUGCGGCCAAAUGUGGAGAGGGUUCCGCAUCCACAAUGUGAAAACCUGUAAAACGAUAACUUCACAACGUCACUGCACCUGUCUGGCCAUGAUGUCUCUUAGCCUCGCAUUAGCCUCCCACGCCUACCAAAGAUCCCAAGAGCCAGGCCCGAGCCAACCUGGUCAUUGAGCCAUGCGAUACACACCCUUCUGGCUCAUAGCCUCUACCCGGGUAUUGGCGCUGGCUCAGGUCGUCUGGACCCCCAUCUACUUCGAAGGCACAAAUCAAGUAGACAUGUGGACAGCGACGGCGGAGGGGUGCCACUGCAGCUACGACCUGUCCAGACAUGAUUGUGCAUGUUGUGUCAAGGAGGGAGGGUGUCAGUGCGGGCUACAAUCUCCCAACCGCUGCGGACAAUGUGGAAUACACCAGUACUGCAACAGUAUGUGUAACAUCACUAUGAGCUCUCGCAACCUGUACGAGAAGUCUGGCAAGACGUACGGUCAGAUAAAGUCGCCCAGUGUGGAAGGUCCGGCCUUCUGUUGGUACAGACUGUUACCGGACUCUGGCCAGAGAGUUGAGAUACAGAUAUACAGACUCGUCAACACUGGCAGGUUCAACGGAACUGGCUGUGUUGGUGGGUUCGUACAGUUGGUGUCUGGCCUAGACUCUAUACCCAGAGCUAGAGACGCGCAGAUCUGCGGUACCAACGAGCGAUACGCUCCUCCCAUUGUUGUGUUUGAAGAUAGAGGUGCCGCAACUCUGAUAUUUCACAUUGUGGAGCGCACAGAAAGGUCUCAGUUCCUAGCCUACUUCAGUUUCACUCCUCGCAACGGUACACAGACCCAGCCUGCUCUAGGGUUCCAGCCCAAGGGAGGCCGACGUAUUGAACAUACCGAGUGUGACUGGAUGUACCAAGACACUUGGUGCAGGGAUGUGCCUGGAGGAGUAUGCAGGCUUGCUUCCCCGGGGUACCCUGGCAUCUACGGUCCCAACAAACGAUGCAAAUACUUGAUAACCACAAGCAACGCUCAUGCCAGAGUCAGGCUGAGGUUCCUGUCACUCUCCUUGCCUACUGGAGACCACUGUAAAACAGACAACGUUAAAGUAUUCCAUGGGUCUUCGUCGACUAGUCCUCUACUAUCCACUCUGUGUGGCAACAAGAAGCAAGAGGUUGUUCAUGGCGGACCUAACCUUCUAGUGCAGUUCAGCUCAGGGCCUCUGGUCAGUCCCUUCCAUUACAACGGGUUCGUGGCGACCUUGGAGUUUCUAGAGAAGACGACGACAACAACCAAAGCGCCGAACAGAGCAACGUCAAAGACAACGGAGACAGCACUGUCCGUGGGAGGAGACACAAACGCUACCUCAGCGCCACCAUGCGAGUUGUUGUAUUACAGCAAUCAGACUCGUAACGGGCUGUUUGACUCCCGAGGACUCUUGCAGGGCUCACAACAUAACUGCACCUUGGUGUUCAUAGGAGGAGACACCGACCUGGUGUUUAUAUCACUAGCCAACUAUAAUCUUAGAUCAACUGGUUGUCGUUCCUACGUUGAACUAUUUGAAGGAUACAACAAAGUCACCCAGACUAAACUUAUCAAGAGGAUAUGCAGCCCAGUAUCGAAAAGGAUUACAGACAACAGUGGCAGAUACCAAGAUCGAGAAAACUACAUAUCCAAAAGCAAUAUUGUGCAGCUGAAUUUCAAAAGAUUCAUUCCUUCCGGAACAAUGGAGAAUAUGGAAUAUGUCCAAGGAGCUUUCCUCUUUCACGAUGAGAUGGUGCAAGGUACCCCAACGCCCAGCUCGCUAUGUGACGUUGUCUACCGAGGCCCCACGAGCCGAGGUCGAGGUCAGCUGACCAACCCUGGCGAGACCGAGGUCUAUUGGACUGUGGACGGCAGCCUUGAGUGUACCCAGAGACUUGUGCCUUCCCCUAACUCUAGUAUCUCAUUGAAUAUAAUGACCCUACACCGUCUAGCGGCCGACACACACUGCCACACAGAAUGUGGUGCUGGCGGGUGUCACUGUGUCACCAACCUGCUGCCUCUUAGCCAUAUGGACCAUCUGCAGAUAGUCACUGACACUGGGCUAGUGUUGUGCUGCAUCUGCGGGCCAUUUCAGGAGGAGUGGCUGCCUGUAGGAGUACGAAGCUGGUCUCCUCUCAGGCUUGUCUACUAUGUAGCCAGGUACAACUGGGCGACCAGAGGGUUUGAAUAUGAAACAGACUAUCGCUUUCAUCGCGACCAUGUAUGCGGACAUCGCAUGAUGACGCAACAUUCGGGUCUGAUUGAGUCAGUAAACUUCACAACACCAAAUCAACUAAACUUCUUUCACCACCAAAGCUGCACGUGGAAACUUGAUUCCAACGUGGAGAGACAACUAACUAUUUCGAUGUCGAGUGACCAAAAUAGGCCUUGCUCAACGUGGAACUUAACAAUCCACGAGUACUAUGAGCCCGCUGAAGAACACGCUGGCAACACCCUUCAUACAUUCUGCUCUAGAGAUGGUGCCAGGAACUAUACACUGCCUUUCAAAGUCAAUAUUGUGAUCAUCAGGUUGCGAGCGAUGACAAACAUUCCCCCGCAGUUCAGGGUGAGGUGGCGGUCUCAAGUGGUGCGUGCCAACACACGUACAUCGGUGUUUCUCCCUCCCGACGUGUCUAUCGCCCCCCACCAUCACCCCCACCCACCGAGGUGUGCUGUUGCCAUGGUGAUGCUGGUACUACUCGCUACCACCGUUGGCAGCGCUAGUUGAGCUGAAGGCACAAUAUUAGGAAAGACUGAAUGUCUUAUAAUGAUACAGAGGGUGUUAUAUACAAGUAAAAGGGAACCUUCCGAUCUUACAUUUUAAUUUUGAAAACUGAAGAUGGUUUAUGUGUAUAAAUAUGUUAUAAGAAGUUUUUCCUGUAAGGAUGGCAAAUAGAGAAUGGUAGGUAUAAAUAUUUUUUAUAUAAUUAUGAAAAUAAAGUUGUAUUUUUAGACAUAUAGCCUUAAAAGCUUUAAAUUUCAGUAUGGAAUUAUGUAAAAUGUUAUGUUUUAAGCAAUAAUUAAUAAAUUUAAAGUAUUUGAUUAUUAUUAAGCUUAAACAUUAAGCAUUAAGCUUGAAACUAAGUAAAAGAGUAUUUUAAUAAUAAAAGAUUGUAUUAAUAAUUUAAAACCUAAUAUAAAAGCCUUAAAAGUACUAAUAAAACAAUUUGGCAAACAUUUUUCUAAGUUAUUGAAUACUGUUUAAAGUUCAGCCUUCGCUCAAAAUAGUUCAUACUUUUACUUUUUGUUUGGUCCUUCGAGACAAAAUAUUGUAAUACAAAACUUGGUUAGCAAAAUAAAUUAACAUAUGCACCCAAAAGUCAAAGAAACUAAUGAAGAUUUUGAUUAAAUAAAUCCCUCUUUCACAAGAAAAACAAAUUAAGCCGGUUUAAAACGAUAGUUAUUUCUAAAAUUCCAUCAAUCCAUCUAAUACCAGCUAACACAUAGCUUACUUAUAUUUUUUAAUGAGUUUCCUAAACUACUGUGUCAAAAGUUAGUUAUCGUAUACGGUGUUCAAUUAAACAUUCUGUUAAAAUUCAUUAGCUGAUACUACUUUGUAAAGAUGUACACAUUGAGAACAGAUGACUAUAGCAAGUUUUUGUUCUCAUGCUCGAUAAAUUACUGUAGUUUGAGAUGAAUAAAAUAUUGAAACACUUGAAGUUAGCCCAGCCUGGUUGCCAUGGAGACCACGUAAUAAGUUAGGCGUUUGCGAUCUUCAGCUCAAAAAUUCCGGCUUAGAUUACUAUACAGUUCCUGUGAUACCCGAUUGAUUGUUAUACGAAAUAAAAAUGUAC